CCAGAUGCAUUGUGGGAGCCGGUUGUGUAAACCAAAAAUGUCAGCCUCGCGUUGCAAUAGUUUUGGACAGACCGCCUGGCAUGUUUUGCGGGUUCCGAGAGCCAAAACCAGCCUAGCAGUUGCACUAUCUAAACUCCCGUCGAGGUACAGUUGCAGGGCAUAUAGCAGAGGUGGCACCACGUUAGGAUCCAAACUCAUCUCCACACUCCCCUUGCGCGCAACCAACAGGCGCUUCUUGGGGUACGCUUUUUUGUUCGGAGGGGGAGUCGGCUUGUAUCAAACCAUCAAAUUAUCAUUUCAACAGCAUUUAGCAGAGGAUGAAUUGUCAUAUGGCAUCCCCACAAACCUGGGCUCUGACCUGACGUUUGCCACCGACUUGAAGUUUACCUUAUACCAGUACAAGACCUGUCCAUACUGCAGCAAAGUGCGGGCAUUCCUCGACUACUAUGGUCUGCCAUAUAAGGUUGUGGAAGUCAACCCUAUCAUGCACACGGAGAUCAAAUGGUCGUCGGAGUACCAAAAGGUGCCAAUUCUUAUGGUGGAGGGGAAAGAAAUUGUGCAACUGAACAACUCAUCUGUCAUAAUCAGUGCAAUGAAGACAUGCAUGAUUGACAAAGAAAGAACGAUAUCAGAGGUUGUUCAAUACUUUCCGAGACUCCCGUCUACCAAUGCCUGGGGGAAUGAAGUUCUGGAGUACACUAACAAAUACUGGGUGAUGUUGAAUGAGAUUAAGAUCACAGAGGUGUACACAUCCAAAAAUGCCAGAAAGGAGGAGGUACGGUGGCGUCAAUGGGCCGAUGACUGGCUAGCGAAUCGGAUAAAUCCCAAUGUGUACAGGACUCCCGCUGAGGCCUUGGCUACCUAUGACCACAUAGUGCGUGAGGGCAACUUUGGUUCUGUUCCUUUUGCCAAGUAUGGAGGGGCCUUCUAUAUGUUCUGGGCCUCCAAGGUCCUGAAAAUCUGGUACAAGUUACAGGAUGAUGUGAGGGAAGAUUUGUACAUGGCUGUGAAUGAGUGGAUAACAGCUAUUGGGAGGAAGAGGAAAUUCAUGGGUGGUGACAAACCCAAUCUCGCUGAUCUGGCUGUGUAUGGAGUCCUCCGAUCCAUGGAAGACCUGGAGGCCUUUUACGACGUGAUGGAGAACACAAAGGUGAAGAAGUGGUAUCUGGCCACAGAGAAACAAGUGAGGGAGCAUGGUGGUCGGAACCUAUGUAGAAAACCACCACAGAACUAGCAUGGCAUAACUGAGUUCUAGGCUGCUGAUUCAGGCUACCACUGCACACAGGAAAUCUGGAUGCAACGGUUCUCUACCAGUCAGCACACUCUCGUAACAUGUUACAGGUGACAUAGUUUUAUAUCUGAACGAACGGACAGUCUACCAUGCGUUUCAUGUUCUCUGUACAAUCAAAGCCUCUUUCAAAUAUGUUUUUGGAUGCAUUCUUAGUUUCCCAGAGAAAAGGUAGCUCAGUACAGUCAUUUUAUGUAUGUAUUAAAAUAAAUGUGUGUAUAUAUGACUAUUUAACAGUUAAUGUAUUGCAGAAAUAGACUGUUAUUCACUCUUUGUGAACCUGUUAAGUAAACCACUAAGCAUUUAUUUAAUUAUUUUAUCCGUUUGCAUACCUGCAAUUUCACUCGUUUUAUUUUCCCCUGGCACCUGCUGGUGUUGUUUUACCCUGGCAAUUCAUUGGCCAGAGAUUUCAUACACCUAGUUACUCAGGUAUAAUUCAAAUCUCUGAUUAAAGUGUGGCUUUACAACGAUAGAAGAGUUGAUUACAGCACAUACAGUGUGGGACAAGGCUUGGUAGAAGUUGCGCCUAACCACUGUUAAAGGGGCAGAUUUUUUCUCCCUCUAGAAUUGUGGAUAGAGCAAUCUGAUCCUAGAUCUGUUGCACAGAAGGCUGCUGAGGGGAGGACGUCUCAUAAUAAUGGCUGAAA